UUAAUAAUUUUGAAUCCAUGAAUUAAUUAGUGUUUGUUGACCACGCCCACUUUUAAAAUGGCGUCUAUCGGUAGUCAUUACUUGGAGUUGGAGCAAGUUCCUUUGGUGUUUGAUCCUUUGGAGAAGACGAAAGGAAGCUUCUUCGAUCAAGGGAACUUUCAAAUGUUCUGUGUACAAGAAGGAUUCUCUAAAGUGAAGGUUAAAUCAGUCAAAGAAGAAGACAACUUUAACCUUACCAUACCUCAGCGUGGUCAGGUCAGGAGUAUCAAAUUCUCAGGUGGUCAACCAAAAAUCCUCUCAAUUCAAACUCGGAGCAAUUCCGUUGAAUUUGUAAACGUCUUUUCGUCCGAUCGUGAGCAGACCCUCCCCCUAAAACAGCACCAGUAUGACGUGGUUGGUUUCCAUUGGGUUUUCCGUAAUGAUUACGUGAUCCUCAUCACCACCUCAACAGUUGAGCUGUAUUCUUGUAACUCAAGCAGCUUGAGCUUCAAACUACUCAAGUCAUUCAAUAUAAACGUGUCAUGGGCCAUAUUCUCGCCUACUGAGUACAUACUGAUUGUGUGUUCUAAAGGUGGGAACUUCCUUCAUCCGUUUUAUUUCCGUUCUGGAUCUUCGGUACCAAUCACUCGUCUACCCAAGAUUGAGAUUGAGCUUGGCCCAAGUCGAGAUCUCAAGGCGUCGCUUAAGGAACGUGACGUUUUUGUCAUGACCUUAUACGGUCAUGUUUAUAUCGCUGUUAUACGGACGUCACCCCAAGGCCCUGGUUUUGGCUCCGAAGUCCUUCUCUUCCACCUUCCUCACGACGGAGCGGCUAAACUAUCCCAUAUUCUAAAUAUGGACAUACCGGGUCGCUGUACGCUAAGUGUCGUUGAUAAUCUAGUGGUGGUACAUCAUCAAGCAUCAAAGACUUCAAUGAUUUAUGACAUAUCGUUUGGAGGUAGUAUAUCAGGAUCUACUUUAAAGCACAAUGCUGUAUUGGCCCCUCUACCUCUAUCCCCCACUGUAGUCCAUUUGAGACAGAGAUCUGGCAGCAAGACACCCAGUCCUAAGAUCAUAACUGAUGAUUCUCUGAUAGCUCAUGAUUCAUCCAUCACUAGUAUCACUCCAGAGCUCUAUUCAUCAAAGUGGAUAUUCUUCCAACCAAAUGUUGUCAUUGAUGCUCAGUAUGGUGUGAUAUGGUUACUCAAACUAAACCUCACCUCCAUUAGUAAUAUGAUGACUGACAAGUGUAACGUGAUCCAGCUCCUCCUCAUGAGGUCUGGAGGUAAGGAUGUCAUAGUUGAGGUUUUCAGAGAAUGUCUUGAACCUGGUAGACAAGCAAAUCUCUCCAUCUUGGGAGCCAUGUUUGAUCAGCUUAACCACGCCUUUAAAAUCCUGUCCGGCUAUCAUGACAUUGGGCCUGGGAAACCGUAUCAAAACUCAAUCAGCCAGCGAGAGUUUUACACAAACGUUCUUGUUCCUUUUUCUGACCGCAAAGACAUGCCUUAUCAGUACAUGGUCGCCGUGACUAUUGAGUACAUCCGCUCGCUGAAUAAAUUUGGUAUUCAAGUGGAGCACUUUCUCUUUGAGCUAGUGAUGGUGAUACUAAUAGAGAACAAGUGCUUUUAUCAGCUCCACCAGUUCCUCCAGUAUCACGUUAUCUGUGACUCAAAGCCUCUUGCUACCCUCCUCCUCUCUAAAGAACUGGUCUAUUCGCCGGCUACACAGCUGGCUAUGGACAUGUUUAAAAGACUAGGAACAGCCGAUAGUGAGAUUAUCGAUAUUCUACUCUCCCGAGGACAGAUUUUGUCUGCUCUACGUUUUGUUAAAGCCUCGGAUAAAGUUGAUACUGUCUCGGCCCGACUGUUCCUUGAAGCAGCUGCUAAUGAAGACGAUCACAUGUUGUUCUAUACUGUGUAUAAGUUUUUUGAGGAGAGGAACAUGAGGCUAAGGAAGAGGGCGGAGUUUCCAGCAGACGAGCAAUGUAAGGAGUACGAAGAACUGUUUAUUAAUUGGUUUGGGGGAAAGAAAACGUAAUAUUUAAACUAUUGAUCUCUCUCUCCUUCUCUCACUUUUUCUCUCUCACACUCUCUCUCUCCUUCCCUCUCUCUCUCUCUCCCUCCCUCUCUCUCUCUCUUUCUUGCUGUAGUAUUUUUGUGUGUUAUAAUAUAAUAA